AUGGUGCUUCCGCAAGCGCCCCGCACGUUUGGCUCGGCAAAGCUCCGGGUUCCUGUGUCAGCAGUCUCCACAGAAGCCGUCCUGAGGCGCAGGCUCAGGUGCCUGGACAAGGAGGCCUGCAGCGCACUGCUUUGGCCCAGUGUCGGUAGGCGUGACGUGGUGAAGCACAUCAUGUCCUUUGUCGACCCGGAGAGGCCAUUGGCGGACACAGAAGUCGGGGGCAAGAUGUUUCAGGACACAGGUUCCGCCAACCUGGACUUUUUCUUCCAGUCCGUUCCGCAGGGGAAGCCAAGGGAGAACACGCAGCUGAAGGGACUGCUGGACAAGGCUUGGGCUGAGAGCCCGGAGGUCUGCCUCAAGCAGAUACUGUUGCUUGGAUCUCGGGAUGGCAAGCAGGACCGCUACUCCUUCUACGACGCCAUGGUAUGGCUGUGGUACAAGGACCCAGCCACGCUCUUGGCCAAUUUGCAUUUGGUGCCUGAGUGCAACUACUGGAAGGGCCUGCUGGAGGUGCUGGCGCGCAUCUGCGAGGGACAGGAACGUAGCCUGCAGCGGGACUUGGCUCUCUACAGCCAUUAUAAGCGCUGCAAGGACGCACCAGCGGACCGCAAGUACACCCUGGAGGAUGCUGGCAUCCCGGGCGUGGGCAACUAUCGGCCAGGUUCUCGCCUGGAAAUGGCAGCUGAAGCGCUGAAGCGCUACGACAGCGACCCCGUCUACCGAGCGCUCUUCGAGCGCAUCGGCCAGCUCUUCGCCGAGCAGCUCCGCCUGGACAUGGCAGCCAUGCGGCGAGGUCAGAGGGUCAGCCUCUGUGCAAAAUGGUGUCCGCUGCUCUAUCACUCCUUCGACCGCCGAACGUUGCUCUGUGAGAGCGUUGCCCGAUGGCUCUUCCCUUCAAGCUCGCCAGAGUUUGCUGACUGCACUGAGAGGCAGUAUGCCUACAGGGCCCGUGAUCUGUUGCGGAAGCAGCUGUCCGAACUUGGCGAGUACAUGAAGCUGCCGGAGCGGCUCAUGUGCCAACAGCGUUGGGGAGAGAUUCAGUACAAAGCGCUCCCUGCCGCCUGCCUCACCAAGCAUGCCAAGAGCUUUGAGAAGCACGACCCCGUCCGCUUCCGCGAGUUCAUGGACAAGGUCGAGUGUGGCAAGGUUCGGGUGAACACGGGUGCCCUGCAGCCGCAUGAGAUCCUGAAACGGACAUCAGGCUGCGGUACGGAUGCUGAAAAGGCCUUAGCACAGGGACAGUGGCGGGCCAUGUUGGAGCGCAUCCGAGAAGCUGGCCAGCUGCAAGAUUGCAUCGCUGUCUGUGACGUCUCCGGCUCCAUGUCUUGCGAGGCUGCUCCUGGUGUCAGUUGCAUGGAUGUGGCCAUCGCCAUGUCCCUGCUGGUCGCAGAGCUUGCCUCGGGGCCUGUGGCUCGGCAGGUCAUCACGUUCCACGAGUCGCCGACCAUGGCGACACUGCCCAACACAUCGGACCUCGCCGAGCUGGCCGACUUUGUAAGGCGGCUGAAGUGGGGCGGAAGCACCAACUUUUAUAAGGUCUUCCAGCUGCUAUUGCAGAAAGAGGCAUCGCCGAAGAAGAUCCUCGUGUUCUCCGACAUGCAGUUUGCCCCUGCUGGCGGUAACACCACCGUCUUGCGUCAAAUUCAGGAGAACUAUCGAAGGGCAGGCCGGGCUAUGCCCGAGCUGGUGUUCUGGAAUCUGCGGGGAACCUCUGGUGCGCCUGCGCUAGCCACGGAUGAGGGCGUUGUGCUCAUCUCUGGCUUCUCAUCCCGUAUGUUGAAGUUGGUCACGGAGUCCGGGCCUGAUCCACUGGCAGCCCUUAGCCAGGCGCUGGACAACCCGCUCUGUGCCAAGGGUCGGGUCAUCCAGGACCCUGCUGAGGUGCGGCAGUUAAUGGCUGGCCCUUGGCAAGCAGUACAUACUUUUGCUGCCGAGGUCGAGGCUUCAGAUGCUCAGCCCGAUCAGGUUGCAGAGCAUGAUGUGCCGGCUCCGGCCAGAAAGCAGCCGAGCACCCCAAGGACCCUCACAACUCAGCUGGCCACACUGCCGUGCCGCGUUGCUGAGGCGGCGCUUGUUGGCAAGGGCGGCCAAAAAAUCCAGCAGCUGAGGCAGUUGCUGCAUGACCGCCUUUGCCAUGAGCUGGAUGCUGGCCGCUUCCGCUUCUGGCUCGACGUGCGGGACUGUAGUUUGCUGGCCACAGUGGAGGCAGCCAAGACUUCUUUUGGGGAACAGCAGCUUCACGACGCUCUUGCUCAGCUGAAGGCUCACAUUCCGCGCAGCGUGGUCUACAACAAGGUCCGCCACGUGCUGGGGAUUGACGGCCUCCUGGCGCCACGUCAUGCCUCUUCCGUGCUAGCAUCGCUGCCAACUCAACGGGCGCUUCUUGCAUUCCUUGGCCGGAAGGGUUUGAAGAUUCAGGCCUUGCAAGCAGAGCUCCAGAGCCUCCUGGAUGCGCAGUUGCCUGCAGGCUCCUUUUCCUUCUGCUUGGAUGUUCAGCUCAGGGGUGUAAGCUGGGAGGUCGCAACCACUUUGGAGGUCCAUGAUGAUGCUCUCACGAACGCACAGCUCGCGACCGCCCUCGAAAGGCUCAAGGCCCACGUCCGCGGAAGCUCGAUUUAUACCGAGGCCUGCCGGGUGCAGCCGGCCGCGAAACGGCGCCGCAGCAAUGGCUUCGUCAUCCAGUUCACCAAGGAUGAUCGUGGAGAAGCAGCGAGGCUUGGUGCCGAACUUGCAGCGGCUAAGAAGGCCCAAGUCCUUGAGGUGGCAAGGGCACGGAAGCAGAGGGCGCUCUUCAAGCUCCGGAGAGCCAUCCGAGCGAGAGCUGCUCAAGUGAAUGGGAGGUCCAAGGCCAAAAUGGCUUCGAGGGGGAAGAAGAUGGCAAGGACUCACAAAGUCUUUGCGGACAGCCUUUUUGACUUCUAG